AUGGCAGGCACGCCAGCAACCGUGACUCACACCACCUUCACGAAGUCAAUAUCCCCAGGCCUGGACUCUUUGAUUAUCGUGACAUCCCCUCGGGCACUGCUCCGGCCUCUGGGCCUUCUGCGGCUACUGCAGUUGUGGUCUACCGGCAUGGCUUUCCCGCUAGUGCUCUAUAUGGGUGUCUGGAUGGGCCCCAUGGGAAGCUGGUGUGUGUUCUCCUGGUGCCUUAGCUUUGUCAUGACACUGAUCGUCCUGACCGUGGAGUUGACUGGACUCCAGAGUCGUUUGCCCCUGUCCUGGCAGGAUUUCCCCAUCACGUGUGCCUGCUAUGCUGGACUCUUCUGUCUGUCAUCAUCCAUCAUCUAUCCUAUUACCUAUGUGCGGUUCAUGUCUUAUGAUUACAUCAGAAAAUAUGCUGUCUGUGCCAUUAUAUUCUCGUGCAUCUCCUGUGUGGCUUAUGCGACAGAAGUGACCUGGACUCAAUCAAGGCCUGGAUAUGUCACUGGCUACAUGGCCUCUAAGACUGGGAUGCUCAAGGUUUUUGAGUCCUUCAUAGCUUGUGUCAUCUUUCUCUUCCUCAGCAACCCACAACUCUUCAGGAAGGAACCCACCCUGGUGUGGUGUCUGGCCGUGUAUAUCAUAUGCUUUAUCCUAACCAUGGUGGUUAUCCUGCUCUGCCUGGGGAAAUGUACCAACAUCCUGCCCAUCCCAUUCACCACCUACUUGACUGGCAUGACUUUCCUGUGUGUCCUCUUGUACACCACCGCCAUUGUCCUCUGGCCUCUCUACAAGUUCAAUGAAGAAUUUCAUGGUUUACCCCAUCGAACAAUGGAUUCGAGCUGCAGUUAUAAAAGUGCCCACUCAGUGUGUGUCUGGGACCGCCAACUGGCAGUGACAUUCUUGACUGGAGUCAACCUGAUGGCAUAUAUAGUUGACUUUAUGAACUCUAGCUAGCUGCUGUACAUUGCGAUUCUAAGACUCACAUGUCAUGUCCAUAGGGCAUCAAUUUCAUUUUUCUUGCUAUCUUUUCCUGUCCCCAUUUCUUUACACCUGGCUGAUUGUUCUCUUUCCGGUUCUCCUUCCUUCCCUUUCAACUGUUCUAGCUUCUUUUUCUUUACACAUACUAUUUUGCCUUCUUCUUUAACCCUUUUGUUUGUCCAAUCUAUAUUUUUCUGUUACUUUUCUCAUCUUUUUACUUCCUGGUCACUGUCUUUCCUGGUAGAGCACUCAGACUUGUUACUGACAUAUCCACUGCUCCCUCCCCUGAAGGUGUUGGCUAUACACACCCAGACUCCUUUGCUGCUCUUCCUGCCAAGAGCCUGAGAAGGAGCUUCGUGUCAAACCAUGGCGAAAUGUUAUUUUAAAUUUUCGAGUAUUUCAUGAAACAGUUACUUUUACCUUCUCUGUUUCCUCAGCUAUACCCUAACUUUUCUUUCUAAGCCAAAACAUCAUCACAUGUCAGGGUCUCUCUGAAAUUCCUCUUUGCUUGAGUAAUACCACUGGAUGGGUUUGAUCUUAGAUCUAAUAUUCCAAGUCUUAUUGAUAUCACAUAUGCAUUUUUUACUUCAUAUGCUCAACUUCAUAUGCCCCUGCUAUCUACUACACAGAAACUUCCUAAUGUAUAUCAAAUUUGUUAUUAUAAAAUUCAACAUAUAUCAACCAUCCAAUUUAUGUAAACACAAAGCUGAUUAGAACUUCUAAAAAAACUAUAAAAACUUAAGAAACUGAAGGUUUUAUUAUGUUUUUAUAUGCAGUUUGAAUGUAUAAGCAAAGCACAACCCUAUAUAUAUAGGACAUCACUGUAGUUGGAGUUUCAUUGUAUUGUUUUCUACCUAUAUUAAUAUUUCCACUGAUUACUGAGCUUUUUUCCUAUAAAAAUAAAACUAAAGUUAUAAUAUACAAUUUAAUAAUUAAGAUUUUA